CCUGAGCAGAGGCUGAGCCCGGCCCCCUGGGCUGCCCGCCAAGGUGGCCAAGUUGCCCAGCCCCUCCAGCUGGUCUGGCCAGGUCCCUGGGGAGCUGGUGUGAUGGGUUGGGUGGUAGAGGGAGGCUCUCAGAUUCUCUGCUUCCGGGGCAGGGUGGAAGCCAGCACAACCCCUGUCAAAGCUCCUUACAGCCUCUUCAGCUUGAGGAGCUGGCCUGUGGGAGUCACUUCCCCAAGGACAGGGCACUGGUCAGGCAGAGGGUAGAGAUGGGUGGCUCAGCGCCUCCAAGCCAUUCCUGGACCUUUGACUGCCCGGAGCCCAGGCUCAUGAGAAACAGCCCCUUCCCCAUACCUGGAAGACUGGGACCCCUCCUUGGGGUGGUGAGGAGGCGGGGCUCUCCGCAGGCCCCUCCCCCAUCGGCAAGAGUGCCCACAGCCCAUCCGCUGCCUGGGGUCCCACUGAGGCCAGGGGCGGGGAGCGCCACCUUGGACACUUCCGUGCCUGCCCUGCAGGGACCGCUCCAGGGCCCCGGAGCACAGCGCCCCCUGGAGAGGCUGUGCCCGGACCUGAGGCGCCGGCGUGUCAGGUAAAGGGUUCCCCCUUCCCGCCAGUUCCCUCCACAGCCAAGGAAGGGGCGGGGAAGGGCCCCGGCCCUCGCUGCCCAAGGGGCGCCUCCAGCCUUGCCUGGGUGCGGCCCUGGGGGCCGCGGGGAUCUGUGGGCCUCAGGGGUCUGGGGCACUCCAUUCUUGGGGAAGGUAGGGGAGGGGAGACGGCUCCAGGGUCUCUGGAGAAGUUGUGGGGUAUCCUGAUCUCAGACCUGAGCGCUUCGACCUAUUAUUUGUGGGGAAUGGGGCGCUGGAUUCUGUAUUUUAGACGACGGUGAGUUAGGCCCGGGGAAAACAGGGUGAGCAAGUUCCCAGGGGAUGACCUGUCCGAGGGGCAGCUCCCAACAACAGGACAGACAGAGACCAGCUAAGAGGGGGGAUACAAAAGAGACGGACACAGGGGCAGAGCAAGGCCCUUUAAGGCAGUGAGCGAUGGGACGCGCCCGUUUGGGGACCCGAAGUGCAGGGCGGUGAGAGAACCAGGUUGAGCAGCAGUUUCUUCCUGGUCCACCAGCAGGCUUCCCUGGGCCAUGUCUGGGAGGGGCAGACAUGUGGGGGCUCUUAGCUCCCCUACCAUAGGGCAGAAGUAAGGUUAUGAAUUAGGGGGUGGGGACAGAAGCCUCUGGGAAGAGGGGACCUCGGGAUUUUAGCAGGAAGACUCCCAGAGGCAAUUUGGCCUGGAGGCAGAGGGAUGGCCACUGUGACCUAGGAGCCCACCUGUGAGUCUGAGAUUCUCUAUGCUGGAAGAUCCCAGAAUGGAAGACUACUAGGCAAAUCAGGAGGGACCAGGGCCCUUCAGAGGGUCCCGAAUCUUCCCAUGGGGAAGAAAUGGGAAGCUGACCCUGGAACCCGGCACUGGCCCUACUCAACCAAUUCCUUUUGUGGUAAAUGGGCAGGGUCUGCCUCCUGCAGCUUCCCCCUGGAGUGAGUGCAGAGGCUGUAUCCCCAGGAAGGAGUAUCUUACACCAGGCCUGCCCACUGUUCUCAUCGCAAGCUGCAGGCUGCUGCCCCAAGUGUACAGAUGAAUCCGAGUUCUAACAAGCGAAAACCAAACAGAGUAACCUUUGAACCAUCGACAUUACAAAUCUCUUGGAAGUCCAACUUACCGGGUGAGCAGUUGGUUCUGUCUCUCAACUAACUGCGGGUGCUCAGAAGUGGUGGUGAUUGCACAAGCCCUCGCUUGAGGUGUACCUAAUGGGCACACAUCUGCCCACUUCUGGCUACCCCUGUCACAGCUCUAGUCUCUGCAUGCCUGUGAUUUUUCAGGCCUGCCUCCCUGAGAAGCCUGGAGCUGAGCCAGGAACAAGACAUUGCCUGAGACUUUGAGUGACACCUCCUUUAGCUGACAGCUGUUCAGGAGAGCCAGAACGCGCGCUCUCUCUCUCUCUCUGUCUCUCUCUCUAUAUAUAUAUAAUUUUUUUUUUCUUUUGAGACAUGGUCUCAUUCUGUCACCCAGGCUAGAACGCAGUGGCACCAUCAUACCUCUCUGCAGAGGUAUGACCUGGGCUCAAGCAGUCCUCCCACCUCAGCCUCCCAAGUAGCUGGGAGUACAGGUGCGUGCCACCAUGUCCAGCUAAUUUUUGGUUAUUUGUAGAGAUGAGGUCUCACUAUGUUGCCCAGGCUGUUCUCGAACUCCUGGGCUUAAGUGAUUCUCCUACUUUGGCCUACCAAAAUGCUAGGAUUACAGGCAUGAGCCACUGCACCCAGGCAGAGAAAUCUUUAGAUAACAUCUACAUGCCAACAAUUCCCAAAUUGGUAUCUGCAGUCCAGAUCUGCAAUUCUGGAAUUCCAGGCUCUUACAUCCGACUGCCUAUUGAUAUCUCCACUUUGAUGCCUAGUAGACAUCUCAAAAUUAAUAUAUUCCAAACUGAACUCUUAACUUUAUUCCCAACUGCAAAUUUGUUCUGUUCCCCACAUCAGUUAAUGGGAACUCAAUCUUUCCAGUGUCUCAAGGCCAAAAUUCUUGACUUCUCUCUCUCAUACUCACAUCUAGCCAUCAACUAUUCCUAUUGGUUCUACCCUCAACAUGGAUACAGAAUCUGAUCAUUUGCAUCUAACCACCUCCCUUGGUGUGAACCACCGUCUCACCUCUGUAUUACUGUCAUAACCUCCCAGUUGGUCUCUUGCUUCUGCCCACACCCCAUGCCAUUCUCCACCUCUACUCCUGAUCUAUUCUCAGCUGAACAGCCAGAGUGCUGUUGUUAAUCAAAGUCAGACCACUUUUAUUCAAAACCUGCCCAGGGCUCCUGUCCCCAAAGCCAAUUGUCUUUACAAUAAGCUACGAGUCCCUCAUGAUCUGCCCCAUUACUGCUUUACCUUCACCUCCCACCACUCUUCCCUGCUCCUCCCAUUCCAGGCACCCAGGCUUCCUUGCUGUUCCUUGAGCUUUCCAGGCACGAUCCUGCCUCUGGGCCUUCACACUUGCUAUUGCCUUGGCUUAGAAUGCUCUCUUACCAGAUAUAUAAAUGGCUUGCCAUUCACGUUCUUCAAGCCCACUUAAAUUCAAUGAGAUUUUCUUUGACCUCUGUGUAUAUACAAACCCAAAUGGGCAAAUACAAAAUAAAAAUUCUUUUAGAAGGGUAGUUCCUAUGAAGGAACUCCCUGGUGUGUAAGAAGCUCUGUGACAGCAAAGAUUAUUGUCUCUUUUGUUCCCUGAUGUGUCUAGGAGAGUCCUUUUACAUAGUAGGUGCUCAAUAAAUGUAUGCUAAAGAAUGCACUCCUUGAUUUCCUACUAUAUGCCAGGAAGCAUUCUAAUUUUUUUUCACAUAUUAAUUUAUUUAAAUCCACAACAAUAAUAGAUACUGUGAUGAUCAUCCCCAGGUUAAGAUGUCAGAACUGAAGCUUGGGGGAUUUUAGUUUGCUCAAGAUCACUUCUUACAUGUAUUAAGACUCAUUGUUCAUUUAAUCCUCAAAUAAUAACAGAUAGUAUCAUCUUCCCUGUCAUACAGAUGGAGAAGGUAAAGUUGACAGAGUUUAAUUUGCUGGAGAUCACAGAGCUGAUGAAGCAGAGGAGCUGAACUUGGAACUCAUGCAGUUUGGUGCCAGGGUCAUUGUGUGUAGCUCCCGUGCUUUGGGUCCAAGUCCUAUUCUGAGAGGCUUUUCUUGCAGGGCAGUGUGAGAGGGCAGCAGCAACUUGAACUCGGGCCUGUGUCCCAUGCUGCUUUGGAGCCCAGUGGUGUCACCAGCUCCUUCCUCUUGCUUUACCUUCUCCCGACUUCACUUGGGGCAAACAGGCUGUAUUCCUGGCCUCAACCCUCAGGCUCAGGGAGGCAUGCCCUGAAGGCUGUGCCAGUCCAGUUGGCAAAGAAGCCUCCCAGGCUGACUUGGGGUUUCAAGUCCAUUCGCAAUCAAAACUUUCAAAGUCAGUCUAGGACAGCCCUAGAAAUUUGUGGCCACUGGGAGUGACUUAAAGGUCUCCUCCCAAUUGUUUUUCCAUCCCGGGCCAUUGGGCCAUACCUGAUGCAGAAAGUCUUUUUUUUCUUUUCUUUCUUUCUUUCUUUCUUUUUUUUUUGGAGAUGGAGUCUCACUCUGUUGCCCAGGCUGGAGUGCAGUAGUGCGAUCUUGGCUCACUGCAACCUCUGCUUCCUGGGUUCAAGCGAUUCUCCUGUUCUCCUGCCUCAGCCUCCUGAGUAGCUAGGACUACAGGUGCAUGCCACCACACUCGGCUAAUUUUUUAUUUUUAGUAGAGAUGGGGUUUAACCAUGUUGGCCAGGCUGGUCUCGAACUCCUGACCUCGGGUGAUCCACCCACCUUGGCCUCCCAAAGUGCUGGGAUUACAGGCAUGAGCCACUGCACCCGGCUGAAAAUCUCUUAUCUAGUCCCCACAUGACGGCCUUUCCACUUCGGCUUCCAUUGGCCUAGAGAAGCUGGUUCUGGGGACCCUGGUAGCUUCUGGGCCUUCUUGGUGGACAGGAAGGGAGGGGGAAGAUGACUCUGCCUUCCUGUUCCAUCUGGUGGAAUCAGCUAAACUCCCCCAACGACAUCCCUUUUCAGGAUUGCGCCAAUCAGAAAGAGAAGGCUAUGAGUUCAUAGUGGAAUUUCUAGAAGAAGAACAUAUGGUAAGAAAGUUCUCUGGACCUUUGUGUGAACUGAGGCGGAAAGUAGAAAAAAAAAAGAGGGCUUAUGCCUACUUGGGUUUUGAGUACCAGCCCUGGCUUGGAAGCCACCAGAUACUCAGCCCAUUGUUGCCUCGUGACUGGGCAGAUCUUUGGUGGCUAGGCCACUGGACAGGGUGUCUAGGGCUCAGAUCUUGCAGUUCCCUUCCUGUAGGAAGGAUCUUUGUCAGAGAUCCUUAGCCCCACUGUCCUCCAGAGCCCUACACAGGUGGCCAGACAUUGGUGAGCAGCAGUCCUGGGGACAGGGACAUUGCACUGAGAAAAUCAAGUGAGCAAUCCAUCCUUUGGCCUAGUUGAUGGGAAUCUGGGCUGGGUGUGAGGAGCAGGGGUGGGGUGUAGGUCUCAGGUGCUGCCUGUGGGCAGAGCUAAGGGCUGAAGCCCAGCUUAUGGGCAGCAAUCUGUGUAUUGUGUCCUAGUCUGAGUUCACCAAGCUGAAGUUCCUGAGAGCUGUGGAAACCUUGAGUAGUGCUGUGCAUGGCCAAGCAGAUGGCAGUAUGGACGAUUACUAUCCCAAAGCCAUCCUGGCCAAGAAAAUUGAGGUGAGAAAGACCCAAGCUCUUCUGGGAGUUGGUCAUUCAGGGAUGAGGAUGACAAGUCCCGGACCUGAGGGCUGGCAUCUCUCUCUGAGGGGGGUUCUUGUUUUUUUGUUGUUGUUGUUGUUUGUUUGUUUCCUGGCCUUUCUAGAUACUAAUUCUUGAAGAAUCCACUGAGAUUUUGAUGGGCAACAUGCGUCAGCAAGCCAUGCUCUGCAUCGUGGCGCUGAGGUGCCUUUCCUGCUCUUACCCCCUCAGAGCGCCUGGGUCUCUGGUGCUCAGAACAUUUGGGUUGGGAGGAAGGGCAAGGUUUGGGGACUUAAAUUUUGGCCUGUGGGUGGCAUAGCCCCCGUGUCUGCCACUUUAUCUGCCUGCAUCCUUGGGUGGAGGGGGUGUUCUCCAAUUGUACUUUUGGAAGCCUAUUAGGACGUCCAGUGAGGGAAGCUUCCCUAGCAGCCCAGGCCCUCCUUCCCUGGAGGAGAGGCCAUUAGAAAGUGUUUGGGGGCUCAGAUCCCCACUGUUUCCUGCAUCUCAGAAACAGCAGCAGAGCACAUUCUCCCAGAGGCUCCCAGUCUCUCCCAGGGACCCCAAAGCCACUUGUCAUUCCCUGCCUCUCCCUGCAGUCAGGUGAAUCCACCAUUCCACUUGUCCCAGAAACUAGAUCUGGUAAAUGUGGGCAUCUCCAGCCUGUUCUCUCUGCCACCUAUCGUGCCCAGCCUGUACCGAAGAGACAAUGCGAGUCUCUACCUCCAGGUAAUCCCCACCUCUUCAUGGAGAGCUCCACGGGGAGGUUUUGUCUUUGGAGUCACCUCUUGCCCUUUAACUCCCCCUCCUUUCUCCUGCUCUGACCUCUCUGCAGAGCUCUUGGCCCCCUGUUCCUGGGGCUGCUAAGAAGCACUCCAGCUGUCAUACCCUCACCUGUCUUUCCAGGGAUUGGCCCAUGCUCCCACCCUAUCCAUGUCCUUGUUCACUAAGGCUCACAGCAGCCUCAGUCAUGGGAGGAGACAGUCUGAUAAUAAAACCCACAGAUACUGUGGAGCAACUGACCAGUAGACUGCCAAAUCUUCCCAGGGGCCUGUAAUUUUUUAUUUCAUUUUUAAUUUUUAAAUUUUGAGACGGGGUCUCACUCUGUUGCCCAGGCUGGAGUAUAGUGGUGCAAUCAUAGCUCACUGCAGCCUCAACCUCCGGGGCUCAAGCUAUCUUCCCACCUCAGCCUUUGUAGUUUUAAAAAUAGAUGUGUCCUGGACCCAACGGAAUGAAUCUAAUGCGGAGAGUCCCACGGGGUCUGGCUUUCUUGGGGAGAAUGGCCCAAUGACUACAUUUCACCAAUGGGCUCACAAUUUGGGCUGGACCUGGUCCAGUCUUCAUUGAGGCCAAGAAAAGUCAGCACCAAGGAAGAUCAGAGUAUGGCUGGCCAUGAGAGAGAGACUGCCGGGGGUGGCAGAGCCAGGCUGGCCCCACUUCCUUCCUCCAGAGGUAGGGGACAAGGAGAUGGAGUGCCCCCAGGGAGCCAAGCUGGCACUGUGGCAGUCUGUUCUGGACACUCCCUGUCUCUUCACUUGUCAGAGGGUCCAGGCCUUAGACAACAUGUUGCAGGCUCUUGUGAUGGACAGGAUGAACCCUAACAUGCUCAUACUACAAAACUUCCUGGAGAUCAUCUUACCUUGGUCAUUACUGUCAGACAAAGUGCACGAACAGAUGCGGGCCUUGGGCACUAUUUCCUGGCUGCUGAGGUUUAUUUGCAAUUUCCCCGAACUGUCACACAUGGAGGAAUUCUCAAUGAGUGGGAAACUGAUGAGCAUCUUCGGCCUGUUCGUCAUGGGCUGCAACCACGAGAUCAGCAUAGAGGCAUCAGAGGCGUUGCAUUACCUGUUCAAAAUCCUUGUGUUUCAGAGAAGUGUGAAACAAAAGACAGAGACUAUCCUGAAGGAUUUGCAGAAGCAUUUCCGUGGAGCAUGGCUUGCCAGCCUGCAGGAUCUAACACUGUUCUUCAAGAAAUACCUGACCCCUGAGGAGAGAGCAGAUAUGAUCACGGUGAGCAUGGAGGCCAUGACCAACACCAGCAGGCGUGACAUCUCUGCAGCUUCCAAGAUGUUAAAGAUGAUCCUGAAGUACACGAUUCCAGAGAUCGGGAAGGUGCCGGAAAUCAUCCAGUACAUUCACUACCACAUGAACAGCAUUACAGAAACCACAGCCCAAAAGACCAUUAAGAAGAUCCUGUAUCUGCUGUCCCAGUACUACACUGAAGUUAUCCUGACACUAUUGAAGAUAGCAGAUCAGUCACAAAAGGGGGUUUGCAAACCCUGGGAAAUCCUGGCAUCCUUCCCCAAAGGCUACGAAAUGAUCGUGGACUACCUGCUCCAGAGGCUGACUCCACACUGGACACCAAAGGACCAGGAGCCCAGCCACAGAACAGAGAUCUCACCAUUGAUUGCCACCAGGGCCAUCCAUGAGCUCCUGCUGGAACCCAGUUGGCAGAUGGAGGUGCGGUCCUUCUUCUCCUCCUUGUUCAUGGCCCUGCUGUUCCAGAUCUCCUUUUUGGUGGUUGAAGGGGACGCUGAAAUAAGCCAGGAUCAGCAACACAUAGCUGAAUGGAUGGACCCCAUAAGUUCUACCAUGGAGGCCCUGAAGACCUUGAUUCAAAGUUCUGGAUAUGGGGACUGUGUGUCUUCUAUUCAGAGACAUGGGGUCUGGGGGCUGCUCGUCAAUCCUGAAAGACACUAUGACAGAGUCACUCUGCUGGCCAGGUCCCUGGUCAUCAAUAACUGUUGGCACAACCGCCCCCUCUUCAGCUCCAUCAUCAGGUUCCUCCAGGACCCAGACUGCAAGAAUCACUUAACGGCCCUUGUGUUCCUGACAGAGCUGCUUCAGUGCCCAGAUGUGGCAGCCUUAGUGGAUGACUUCACCACCUGCAUUCUGGCAAACUGGUUCAAGAGUGAGGAGCCAGCCACAGUGAAGCCAUUGCUGCAGAUGCUAGAGGUCUUUGCGAAGCAUGAAAACAUGGUCCCUUGGAGAUUGCUGUCAUCAUCAGGGAUGAGAAGCGCAGUGGCGAUGGAAACUUACAGUGUAGUGGGAGGAGGGGGCCUCCUCUGUUUUCUCCCCUUUCCUCAUGAUGGACACAAGGUACCUCCCCAAAUGCCCUCCUGGGCAGCUCACUCCGAUGGCCACCCAGAUGCUGGGCCAGUCCCAGCUCUGGAAUGAAAAAGCAGUAGAGUGUGGCUCUCAAUUGUGGGGCUGAAUUGACUUGAAAUGAGAAUUCCUUGGCUUGGCAGGAGUUAUUUCCCCAGCUCCCCAUUCCCUGAGCCACUGUCUCCCGCAGGUGAGGCGGCUCUGAAUCCUCCAGCCCUAUGUGCUGAACUGCUGCUACUCCUCGAACAGCAACAUCGUACUGGA